AUGGAGACACCGGCGGCACGGGUGUUCGGAACGACGAGGUCCGUGCGUGUUGUUUACGCGCGUUUCACCGGACGUUUACCCGCUCCGCCGCUACACGCGGGCGGCGGCGGCGGCGGCGACGACGACGGCCUCGCCGAAAGCCGAAUCGACAAACCGGCGGCCGGCAGCCGCGAUUGCGGCGGCUGUUGCAGUCGUGCCAACGUGAACGGACACCGCCGCCUCCGCCCGACGGAAUCGCUGCUCCGCUGUGUCGCACCUACAGUCGGUGGCACCGAUCACCUAAUUAAUCUAUGA